AUGCAUCUCCCGCCGAUUGUGCACCCGCACCCGCUCGACAUGACUGUGACAGAGUGCCAUCGCCACCACCACCUGGACCCCACUGACCCCGCCGAGUCACCCCGGGAGGUGGCCCCCAAUGACUCCGACGUGCUCCUCGGCAGAGUCCUCGCAGGUGAGCACCCCGAUCAGCUGAUCGUGACAGCUAUACCUAAUAGCUGGUACUCAAGAUGCACUAGAGAAGUUGUUUAA